ACAAGAUCCAGAAAAAAUAGAUGGCGCCGGAGUUGAAUAAUUACCAAAAAUAAACUUUUUACUGCCCUAUCUGUAUAUUUAAGCAAUAUUCGAGAUAUAUAUUGCAUAGUGACAAAGGAAAGGGAAAAAUCAUCCCCUAAAAACACGAUGAUAAACAAAAUUAAAAGAGAUGGUCAGAUAUUUUUCAUAUUAUUUAUUUUAAAACUUAAACCUAAAUAUUUGUAUCAAAAAUUGCCAGCAGGAUUGGAGAAAAAGAUUCCAACCCCUCAAGUUGAUAUAUUGUAUUUGGGUGUACAAGAUAUUAAUUUGAUUCUCAAUCGAGCAAGAUUUUCUCUUUACCGAUCUAUUGCAUAUCUGAACCUAAAUAACGCAACGAUUACCCUCCUCCCGCCAAACCGACGCAAGGGACGUAAACCGUAUUCUUGCGGAAUUAGCCGAAAGGGUAGAGAGUUUUUUUAGCUCAGCUCAGAUUAAGAAAAAAUUAUAUAGUCUUAAAUUAAAUUAAAAUCAUGACAUAUUCGCGUAAAGUCUCGUUUACUUCAAAAUUUUAUCUAUAAUGAUUUUAACAGUUAGACUCUUUCUGCCUCGAUAAGCGAGCCGGGAUAUUAAAUUUAACUUCAGACAAGAGAAAAGAAUUGAAACUGUUCCAUUUAAAAUUAUUAACGACUAAUGUAUGGAGGACGACUUUACCUGGAAUCGUAUCUAAAAUUCCCUAAGGCGAACAGCAAAAAUUGAUUUUGAACUCUGAAAUGUUCGAAUGGAUUUGGUAACUAGGUAGUAUUCAGUGGACGAAACCAAUAUCGACUAGCUCAGCCAAACCGAGUGUACGAACAUAUUUCGCCACGAACUUAUGGCGCUCGCUUAUGUCGUGCUCACUUUAUACUUUAAAAUUUCUUCCAGUAAUGCCAGAAUUACAUUAGACAAUGUAAAGGUUAAUUUAUUACAGAUUACGCAGACACCUGACCUACUAGUAUCUUUGAUGCAAAAGAGGCUAUUACGGUCGAAAACAUAAAAACAUCUUUAAAAGGGAUAUGGAUUAAUGAAGUGUAUUGAAGUUACUGGCACUCUAAAGAUAUAAAAGGAGAGUGCCAGAUAUCUCAUUCUUGAAUUUUUGGAUAUGGAGAAGCUCUGUUCAAAGUGGGUGGACCAACUGUUCGCAUAUUUAUUAUCCUAAGCAGUGUGUGUACUAUCGUACUAAUCACGAAGAUUUGUUACAAAUAUAUCAACAUGACUCCAUCAUUUUACUACGGAAUCCAAAUGACUGUUGUUUAAGUAGAUAUUGGAACGUUCAAAGCUCGUAAAGCAGCCUAAUUAAAAAAAAAGUAUUAUUUCAUUAAGACAAUAAAUUGUGUUACAAAUAAAUGGAAACGAAAUCUUCCUAAGUUGUUUUACGAAUUGCUCCGAAACCACCAUAUUCUCUAGUUCCCAGCGGUUUCUCCUAUCAACCAGACUUCAAGUGACUAUAUACUGGAAAAAAUUUAGCACAAAAGGAAAGGUAAUCGCCGAGGUUGAGCCCUAUUAUGAAGCAAAAGGCGUAGCAUAUUAUACUCAUAUGAUUUUAAAAAGUUGGGAGAAUGCUAUAAAUGGCGUAAUGAUCUUGAUGGUACCUAUAUCAAUUAGUAAAUGCAAAAAAUUGUUUUUAUUGAAAAUUUCUGACGCUUUAGGAGUUACUUGAUGCACCUUCAUCGUGGUGUAAAAAUAAUAGGUUAUCUAGUGGGAAUGAAUAUCUUUGGAUCAUAUUGGAAAGCUAUGUAAGAAUAUUACAGUUAGUUUUCGAACAUUAUGGUAAAAAUAAAUAGUUGACAAUAAUGAGGAGAUCUGUGCUAUCACUGACUAUUUUUCAGUAAAUUUCAUCUGAUGUCAACAUACCAUUCAUCAGAUAUUUAAAUAUAUCAAAAAAAAUCAAAAAUAUAAUGAAUAUAAAAUUAUAAACAAUAAUACAUUCCGAAUACCUUCAGAAUUUUCUGGGCCCAUAUACACUUCAAACUGAUCUUCACUUCAAACUGAUCACUAUCUCUUCAAAAUCGCCACAAGAGUAUGAAUUUCUCUCUUUUAUAAUCGGAAGUACUUUAAAUUUCACUCGGUCUCUAUACACACUUCAAUAGGGCCUGAACUGAUCUUGAUCUUGAGCUAAUUGUGUCCUCUCAAAAACCGUUCCAACCUAAUGAAUAUUUUUUCGAAUUCUGAGUAAAAGUAAGAGUAAAUACCACUACCGCAUUAAAGUGUCACAAAACAAUCUUGUAGCCACGAAUGAAGUAAAAGAAAGAGAUGGAGAGAGUGUAGAGUACAUAUCCGAAUGUAAACAAAUAAAAGACUUUUUUGUAUUAUCGAGAAGUAUGCAGUAAAGUAGAAAAACGAAUUGAGCGGAUAUUGAUUAAUUGACCGGAGGUACAAGUACAUAUUGACAUAAUGAUAAAAGCACGUACACUCUACGCGCUCUGCGCCCAUUUUCGCUUUGAAAUGAAAAUUUACCGCGAAUAUCGAUGAUAAAAAUUAAAGCUUUUCACUCGAAGGUGUUUGUCGCGCUACCGGUGCUGCUGAUAACAAAAGAUAUCGGUGAUGUGUGUGUGUGGGUAAGAGUAAAUAUAUAUACAGAUAUAUAUGUAUCUAAGUAUAUACGUAUGUAAGUAUUUAUGUAUUUAUGUAUUGAUAGAUAGUUGCUUUGUUUAUUUUCAGUUUCGUUGUAAUUUUUAUUAUCUUUACACACUCACAUACAUAAAUACAUACAUACUAGUAUAUAUAUAUAGUUCAGGUACAUUAUAUGCAUUUGCUUGCGCCACCGACUGGCUUUCGCUGCCUUCCUAUAGUUUUUUUUUUAAUUCUCUAUUUUUUUCGAUUUUGAUUGUAUCGCUGCCCGAAAUCGACAAACGCUUGUCGAGCACGAAUGCCUCACAGUUUGGUUUGAUAAAUGAGUGCAAUAGUAACGCCUUUUCACACCUGUUAGACGGGCAGUACGCAAUUAGAACAAAGUGUUGAAUACUAACUGAAAAGAUAAAGAAACAAAAAAUAUUUUUGUUAUUACAACAAAUUAAUUAAUAAUCGUUUCAUCAAUAGUGUUUAUUAUAAGCGAAUAUCUAAUCAAAUCAAAUAAAUAUGGAUGACAAGUCGUCAGCACCGUCGCGCAUCUACCCAACAGCGCCACUAGAGCAAACGGUGCCGCCCAACGAGCAACAGCAAUCUUUAUUGCCACCUGCGCCGCCCAGCUAUGCGCAAGCAACAGGUGCCGCACCCACGGCCGCAAACACAUCCCAUGUUAUUGUAAUUACGCCGGGUGCGCCGAUUUUAUAUGGACCUGUGCCGGUGGAUAUACAGUGUCCCUAUUGCCACAAUUAUACACGCACACGUCUGCGGUUCAAGCCCACAUCCCGUACACAUCUGAUCGCAUUGCUGCUGUGUCUCUUUCAACUUUAUUGCUUCAUAUGUCUACCCUAUUGCAUUGGCAGUUGCAUGAAUACGGCGCACUAUUGUGGCAUGUGUGACCGUUACUUGGGCACUUAUGUGCGAGAAUAAUAAUGAAAAGCAUAGAAAAUGAAGUCUACAAGAAAAUGCAUUAAUUUUAAUAUUUUUACAUCACGCUUUUUAAAUUAGUUACACAACAUUUUUCAUUUAUAAAAAAAAAAAUAAAGUUCUGUAUGAUUGUUUUCACAUAUACUAAUUCA